AGCCAAGGGCAACAAGGGCACCGGUGUGGUCCAUGACUCCAUGCUCCAUGCUCCAUGCCAUGGGCUGCGCAGCAGUUGGCGGCGCAAAGGUGAGCGAGCGAGCGAGAGCGCCCGAUGAAUCUGGCCCGCGUCGUAUGACAGGCCGGUCGACUGGGCGGGGGGUGCCGAGCUUGGCGUGGUGCCGGGGCGGUACGAGCAGUGGACGAUAUUGAGACGAGGAGACGAGAAGACGAGAAGAGGAAAAGACACCCCCUGUCGGUUGGUCCCUGAAGAGAGAGUCGACUCCUCCUCUUCCCUCUCUCUCUCUCUCAAUAUGGUCCCCGGCUGCGUGGCAGUGGACGUGGCAUGGGACAUUGGCGACGAAGACGACGACGACGGAGCCAACGGGAGAGACAAGAGACAAAGUGUGUGUGUGUGUGUGUGUGUGUGUGUGGGCGUGGGUGUGGGCGUGAGACUACUACGUACCUACACUAUCCCCAUCCAUAUGGGCGUGGGCCUCAAAACGACAAGAGGGCACCGACGGACAUGGGAGACCGCCCGCAUCCACCCAAGAGCCACCACCACACACCAACACCAGCCUGGACCAUGGGAAUCUCUCGACAUGCCAUGGGCAAUUGGAUGGGGACUCGGCGCGUUUCCAGGGAUUCCAUGGGAUGUUUUUUUUUUUCCUCUUUGGCCCUCUACGCUUUUUCCAGGGUCCCCCCCCCCCUCCCUCCUCGAAGCUCCCUCUUUUCGGGAGACCGGGGUUUGGGAGGGUGUCCCGCUGCCCGGCCGCCGCCAGGGGAGGGGGGUGACAUCUCUCUCUCUCUUUUUUCCCCUUGGCCCUCUUGUUCGGCUUUUUUUGCUUUUUCUCUUUGCUUUUCGUGCCAGGUCGAAUCGCCGAUGCGUGGGAGGCGAGAGGGGGGAGCCCGGCCGGUUUCUGGGGGGGGCCAUAUUAUGUCACAUUGAGUAUUCACAAAGUUCAUCUACGAGCAGUCAUAUGGCCCUCGCCGAAACGCAAAGGAUGCAAUUUUGAAUUGGAGGCACUCAUGUUGGUUCGCGGCGCGGAUAUACGGUUCACCAACACCCAUCACCCCCCUUGGAUCAGGGCUCUUUGCAAACUUGAUCAGCUCUGACAAACCCGCCUCGAGGUCUCACUCUGUCUCAGAGCGCAGCCGCGUGGUGGAGAGGCCCUCCCUUCCGGCGCAGGGAUCAUUCUUGCAGCAUCGUACGCACGUAAAGUCGGUGAUUGACAGCUGCACGCUUUUCGUGCAUCGCUGGCUCCCCCCCCGGACGGCCUGGUGGCGGUCGCGGGGGGAGAAGAAGGGCUGGUUUUGUGCACGGCAUCGCCGGGCUGGUUGUGCAGUGGGGGAAGCUUGAGGCUGGUGAUGUCUGAGAUUGGGACGGCGAGAAAACAGCAGACUGUGGUCUUGUUUUUUUUCUUUCUUUUUUUUUCUCAUUUUAUACAGUGUGACAGCCAAGUAAGAAGUGGCUUGAUGCAAGAAAAAUAAACAUUCAUAUUGCGUUGCU